AUGGCAGAGAGCGCGGUUGCAUUCCUUUUGGAACACUUAUCCCAAUUGCUGCAACGCGAAGCUAAGUUGCUGUCCGGAGUGGAAGACAAAAUCAUAUCCCUCCGUAACGAACUCGAAAUCAUAAACAUAUACCUCAAAACUUCUUCUGAAGGGAACAACAACAAAGAAAUAGAACAAAAGGUUCUGAGUCAGAUCCGAGAUGUUUCCUACUCAGCCGAGGAUGUUAUCGACACAUUCAUCACCAAAGUAGCCUUCUACAAGAAGAGAAAUCUGCUGGGAAGAAUGCUUCGCAGCGUUAAGCACGCUAAAUUGCUACACGAGGUAGCAGAGAAAAUUGACAAUAUCAAAACCGCACUCAAAGAGAUACACGAAAACAAGAUCAAAUACUGUCAAGAAAGCAGUGAUCAAUCAACAUCAGCAACAAAAGAGGAGGAGAGAAUGAAAUCACUUCACAGAUUAAGAAGAAACGUGGAGGAGGAAAGAGUAGUGGGCUUUGUCCAUGAUUCUGAGGUAGUCAUCAAUAGACUCAUACAGGAUGAUUCACGGCAACUUAAUGUUGUUUCAAUCAUUGGUAUGGGUGGAUUGGGAAAAAACCACCCUGGCACGAAAAGUCUAUAA